AUGAUACGCAUUUUUAUUAUAUGUUGUCAUACAGCCAGUCUGAGCGGUGUGGUUGUCGGCACGACGUUCGGCUGGAACUCGCCAGUGGCCUGGCUGACGAUGAGGCAAAACGAGUUGAGCGAUCCGCAUACCAUCGUUGUGUACAUGGCCGGGUGCUUCUUGUUGGGUACGGUGUUAGGCGGGAUGCUGCAAGGCCGACUGACCAGUUUCAUCGGGUACAGAUGGUCGGCGUUUGUGUACGACAGUGUCGUAUUGGUCGGAUGGCUGAUUCUCACCCAGGUGCAUUGCUUGUCCGGCGGACCCCGGGAGGACGACAGUUGCUAUCCCGUCAUCGGGUCCUCGUGGGUCGUCUUGACCGGCCGACUGGUCCACGGGUUCGGAACCGGCGGUCUCGGCCUGUUAACCCCCACGUAUAUAUGCCAUAUCACAGAUUUCGUCAUAAGAGGUAACCGCAUAACGUGUUGUCUAACAACCUAUCCUUCCGACAUCGUCGGGUCACUGUUUUCCUUAUCCCUUCUACACGAAUUCAUUCCGCGGCGUGAGUAUCUGACAGUCCAAUACCGAUUUAAGUUGUCACCUACACCCCGUCUUCCUAUUUCCAACGUCAUUUCGGUACUUAUCAUUGCACUUCAGCCCAACCCCAAAUCACCUCUAGCCACUUUUUUCAUUGCAAGACUGCUCUGGCGAAUCUUCAGUAAUCUCACUCGUCUCCUUGAAUAUCUGCCAUCGUUUCUGGUUCCACUUGCCCAUACCAUGCCCGGCCUAUGGUAUCUGUAAUUGUCUCCGCUACAGGUAUUCAGUGCUCAAAUUGGAUAACCGUUGUUUGGCCGAUUAGAUGCUAUUAAUUGACACAAUAUUUACAGGUCGAGUACAAAUGUUUCAUCAAGCAUUCGUGUGUUUUGGCAUACUAUUUGCGUACGAUUUUGGCCACGUCAUAAAUUAUCAGAUGUUAAUCGGUCUGUGCAUAAUAUGGCCGUUUUUACAUAUGUUCAUUGCAAUAACAUACCUGCCUGAAUCGCCAUAUCACCUCUUCCGACGGCACUCAAAAAGUUCUACGAAGGUAAAGAAAGUACUGCGACAAAUAAAAGGCAAGGAUUAUGACGUAGACUCGGAUUACAUCGAAGUUCAAGUAUUUUUGAAUUCAAUAAAAAUAACGUCCAUACGAACAAUAUUUUAUGCCGAUAUACGUGUAUUGAUAUUGAUUUUCGUGUUUAGGAGUACAUGGAAAUGGUAUGCGAUACAAACCAAUGUUGUGCACGGAGUUUCUUCAUCGGUCUAGGACUCGUCGUGUUCCAGCAGACGUGCGGUGUCAAUCCUCUUUUGUUCCAUAUAGAAGAGAUCUUCGGUGAACUUUGCUAUAUCUCGACGUACCCCGUAAAAUUGUUUAUAAUCUGCAUCUACGCAAUACAAGUGGGUAGUUUAAAAAUGUCUGACACGUCCACGCGACUAGCAUUUAUAUAAUAUUGGUAAUGCGAAACACUAAUACCCGCGCGUUUCACGUAUGCCGCAGGUCUUGCAAUGCAUGAUCGCUGUCGAACUAGUCGAAUUUUUGGGUCGUAAGUUUAUGUUGAUAGUCUCGGCUUUGGGUAUGAGCUUAAGCUUGUUAGCGUUGGUGCUGGUGAACAUGUAUUCGCCGAGUUAUUUCGAUCGCGAAGAGAAGAUAAACCUCUCCCUAGGUCUCAUAUUCCUGUACAUAUGUUCGUAUUCCGUUGGAUGGGGUCCGGUCGUCAUAUUGGUUUAUACCGAGAUCAUUCAUUGCGACGUGAGUAUUUGUAAAAAUUAUUACACCGAGACUGUGCCUAUAUACACGGUAUAGGCACAGCUUCGCCAUUAUUGUAUAAUAUAAAGGCAAGCUGAUUUAUUGCUGCACCCGUACCAAAAUGUCCUUAGAAAACCCGUUCACUGUUCAAUAAUAUCGUCGAUUUUAUUAAACACUAUCUGGUUCAUCGCCAAGACGUAACAACGGCCCGAUAGUGCCUUGCACCUCCGGUAGUGGCGGCGACGAAUAUGCAUAGUGUUUCUCGGGGAUGCGACAAAUGCAAUGACUUUUGCUUUGUUACUUUAAACAUUUAAAUUGUUCGUAAUGACAAUUACUAGAGCAGUAGAGCCUUGCGCUUUUUAUUUAUUAAUACUUGUAUACUAUUUGAAAGUGAUUGGUUUUAUUUUUUUAUUUCAAUGAAAUUUCACUACACUAUUCGCAACUCCGUAAAAUAGUCAGGUACUAUAGAUACCGAUGUAUCAUAGAUCUAUGGAUAGAUCAUCUUUCCCGUUUGAAAGAGAUACUUUACGAGGGUGAGCCGAGUUGGUUUCUGUUUAAUAUCUAUGUUUACACAAUAAACACAAUAAAUGUAGUACAUUUUUAAACUAUUAUUUAACUUUUAUCAUACUACGGUGGGUAUUUUACAGUUAUCGAGGUAACAAAAUAAUAUUAUAUUGGCGUAUUGUCAAAGUACCUCAAUCACUUAAGGCUAUAUGUAUGCACAAUAUAAAUACAGAAAUGUUUCCAGCAUAAAAUCUAAGUAAUUCUGAGUUGGCGAUCCUGAGCCUGUUAGAAUGAAAAGGGAAAUGUGCGUAUUUGACUAUCUUACUGCGAGCAGUGGGAACCGAUUCGACCAGUAGUGACAAUACAUGACAAAUUUAAAUGGGAAUCAAUUCGGUUAACCAUCAUAAAAUACUUUAAUUCAAACGGAAACCGCGAUUCAGCCAAAUGGGAAGUAAUUCGGAUAUGCCCACAGAAAGAUCGUAGAUUUUAUAGUAACUACAGACUACCCUACUCACUCGACACCGUUGUUUCCUCUGUCUAGGAUCCAUUUCCAAGUUAACAGCGGUGUAGUAUGCACAGUACAUAGGUCACAACAUAGGUUAGCAUCAGCCUGACUAAUAUCAUUUUAUAUUUUACAAUUCGUACCCAACGGAUAAAAAAAAAAAAAUAAAAAACAACUGAAAUAUUUUCGAUGUAUGCGUGCCAUAGAAAUGGUUUUCGAGUUUUAUUUACGGCGUUGGGCAGUUCAUCAUGUUGUUUCUGGUGAUUUUCGAUGCACAGGCCCUGCAAACGAACGAAAUAAAUAAAACGAUAUGGCCAUGGCUAUUUAUCGCGUCGUGUGUUGGUAGUAUCGCAUUUGUCUAUUGCUCCGUGCCGGAAACCAGAGCGCUGGAACUGAAUCGGAUACGAAUUCUGAACAAUUUCUAA